UCUCUCUCUCCUACUCUCUCACACGCACAAAAUCCUCUGUCAUGGCGUCUUCCAACAAUGUUACUCCCACCAACUGUAGCUGGUGGCCCAUUUCAGCCAUGGACGAAGAUGGCAAGAUCAUUGACGGAGAAGAAAGCAACGAGUCGACGAUAGAACACAAGCCAUACUCCAAAGACAGGCUCGUCCUUUAUCACUGGACUCAGUCCUUCAGCUCUCAAAAGGUGCGUCUGGUGAUCAAUGAGAAAGGCCUACUGUGUGAAGAAAGAGACGUCAGUCUGCCACUCACAGAGCACAAGGAGCCUUGGUUCAUGAGACUGAAUUUAGGCGAGGAGGUGCCGGUUUUCAUCCACGGAGACACUAUCGUCAGCGACUACAACCAAAUCAUUGAUUACAUAGAGACCAACUUUGUAGGAGACACAAUACCUCAGCUGAACGCUGAUGAAGGCACACCCAUGUAUGCAAGAAUAAAGCAGUACCGGGAUCUGCUAGAUGGGCUGCCCAUGGAUGCUUACACACACGGUUGCAUCCUACAUCCUGAACUGACAACCGACUCCAUGAUCCCAAAGUAUGCCACUGCUGAAAUACGUAGACAUUUGGCAAAUGCAGCAUCUGAACUUAUGAAGUUGGACCACGAAGAACCUCAGCUGACAGAACCAUACCUCUCCAAGCAGAAAAAACUCAUGGCGAAGAUCUUGGACCAUGACAAUGUGAACUACCUGAAGAAAAUCCUUGGUGAGUUGGCCAUGGUACUAGACCAAGUAGAGGCAGAGCUGGAGAAAAGAAAACUGGAAUAUCAAGGUCAAAAGUGUGAAUUAUGGCUUUGUGGACCUACUUUUACACUAGCUGAUAUUUGUCUCGGAGCCACAUUGCACAGGCUCAAGUUCUUGGGACUCUCAAAGAAAUACUGGGAAGAUGGGAGCCGGGCGAACAUCCAGUCUUUUUUCGAACGCGUGCAGAAGCGCUACGCUUUCCGCAAGGUAUUGGGGGACGUCCACACGACCCUGCUGUCUGCGGUUCUACCCAAUGCUUUCCGAAUGGUAAAAAAGAAGCCUCCGUCAUUCUUUGGGGCAUCUUUCCUAAUGGGGUCUCUCGGGGGAAUGGGCUAUUUUGCCUAUUGGUUUUUAAAAAAGAAAUACAUGUAGUGAAUGUGCUCUUGUAGUAUUUUGUGUCUGUGUAUCUGUGUGAUGAUGUUUGAACUUUUGGGUAACACUGUUUUACGAGAACUGGAGAACAAGGAAACGUACGGAGAUAAACACUACAGUGUACUUGGGUGAAUAAUUAUAGCAAAUAUAUAUGAACAUUCCAAGAUUAGGAAUUCUACUUAACAUCAUGAAUGCCUUCAUGGCGGUAUUUUGUUUGCUUAUAAUUUGUUUAGUUGUUUUUCCCAUAUAGGACACCUGUAACUCGAUUUGGUGGUAUAGCACAAUGGCCAAAAUAAACAAAGUAUAUUAUAAACUUAAAGCCCAAAAAAUAGUUUCUUUUUUAUAGUUAUCCAUCUAUGGACAGUUGUAGGAUUUCCAUUUAAGCCUUUUUAAUGAGAAACUGAACACAGCACCGGCAAACAAGGUCAUUUUCACAAACCACCUCUGCACAGGUUUAAUAUUGGUGCUUUUUUGCAAUAUAACACACAAGUGUUCCUGUAGCUUAGUUGGCACACUUUUAAAAAUAAAGGUGCCAUAGAAGAACCAUUUCCCAUAAAGAACCGGUAACAUCCGAAGUACCUUUCUGUUUCCAAAAUGGCUCUUGGUAGUGAAAAAAGUUUCUUUAUAAAGAGACAUAAAAGAAAAGUUUGAUUGAAUGGUUGAGGAAUUGAAAAUAAAUGGUUGUUCUAUAGCAUCGCUUUGAAGAACCUAUAAGGAAUAAUUGACGACAUGCUGUUGAAUUAUUAGAAAAUAAUGCACACCCAAGGUGGAAUUACACAGCGGGUGUGCAUUAUUUUCAAAUAAUUCAAAGGACCUGAAGUCAAUUAUUCCGCUUAUACCACGAGACAUUGCUCUGGUGGUUAUUUUAAACAUUUGACAGGUUAGGUGUGCAUAUAUCGAAAAAUAAUGCAUACCCAUUGAACAUUUUUCAACCAACCACAAUAAAGCAUUUAACAGCCCUGUGGUAUAAUUAUUUUUAAAGCAUUGUGCUGGCAGCGCACGGGGAUUGAUCCCCAAACAAACAAUGUAAGGAUCGUAAGCAUUGUAAGUUGCUUUGGAUAAAAGCGUCUGCCAAAUCUUACCAAGAAAGCAAACAAAGAGUUUUAGAAAUGACUAAAGAAUGUGUUCCUCAUAUGAGACUGCCAAUCUGAGAAUAUUUUUUUAUUUUUAUUGUAUUAUUUUGAAAUUGUGUUUUUAUUUUAGUUAUCACUGAAAACAUCCACGAGUCUACUGAGCCACAGGUUGUACUUCCUACAAAUAGGUGGUGAUGGGGAAAUCAUCGAGUUUCAGUUCUGAGUGUAAGAGAUGAAAUCAAAUACAUCUCAAAUUCUAUAAAAACUAGAUCUGUAAUAAAAAAAAAACGAAUGUCUACCUACACUAGUACAUCUAUUUUUUUCAAGCAUGCCACUUUACAAUGCAAACACUUUACAAUAAAGUUAUUGAUAAUGCAUUAGCUAACAUGAACUAUACAGCAUUUAUUAAUCUUUCUUCAUGUUAAUUUUGGCAUUUACUAAUAUAUUAUUUAAAUUAAACGUUUAAACUUUAAUGCACCAUUAACUAACAUGAAUAACUGUAUUGACAUUAACAUGAAUUAAUAAAUGCUAACCAACUAUUGUUCAUGUUAGUUAAGGCAUCUACUAAUGUUUAUUAAUACAACCUUAUUGUGAAGUGUUACCAGUUUAUUUUUAAUGAACAAACUUUUUUAACAUUUAGAUUUUUUUCAAUAUUGCUUAAAGAAAAAAACAAUCCUUCAUGUAAUUUAAUAUAAUUUGAUUGACGAAAAACUGUGAGAAACCAAUAAAUGUUUAUCAUAAACACAAUAUAUCUGAAAUAUUAUAUACUAUUUAAAUUCACCCACCUAACAUACAAGCCAUAUACAGCCGUGUAGAUAUCAGCUGAUUUCAUUUUUCUUGUUUUCAAUACACAACAAAAAUUUAAAUUGUACAUUGUCUGAGAUGAAUAUUUCAAUACAUUUUAAGGUAUAUAAGAGAGAAAUCUGAUUUAGAAAAACUUAAAUGUUGUGCUGGAGGUUUAUCUAAAUCAGAAAGACUGGACGUAAAUACAUGAAAACUAUAUUAAUGUCUGUGGUCAUUAGACUUCACAAUAGAUUGUUUUCAUUUAAGAUUAUUUAUUUUUAUAUUCCUAAAAGAUGCAUUCUGUGCUUUUUAAUGUUUGUUCAUUGGCCUUAAUCUAUUCAGUUGCCAUCAAUUUCAAUAAAACACAAUGCUUACCAUUA